UCCAGAUUCUCUGCGUCACCCCAGCUGCCCCGCACCCGGCACCGUCACGGCUUACUGACCGACCCCGGUCGUCACCCAAGCGCACCCCAGCAUAAAUAAUGGCCGUGCUCGGCAGCAACGCCGCAGCAUCUCCGGCUUUACUCCUCUUCUUUUUUUAGUCGGUGCGUGUGUGUGCGCGCGCGCAUUUCGCUCGUUCAUAGACAUGGCUUCCAACGGGAGCGCCGGCGAGGUCAGGGAUGUCCACAGCAGCGAGACCACCAAGACCCUCCUCAAGAGCAACGACCUCUACGAUUACAUGUUGAAGACGAUGGUGUACCCGCGGGAGAACGAGUUCAUGCGCGAGCUCCGACAGAUCACCAACGAGCACAUCUUCGGGUUCAUGUCGUCGCCGCCGGACGAGGGGCUGGUGCUGUCGCUGCUGCUCAAGCUGAUGGGCGCCAAGAGGACCAUCGAGGUCGGGGUCUACACCGGCUGCUCCGUCCUCGCUACCGCGCUCGCCAUCCCGGACGACGGCAGGAUCGUCGCCAUCGACGUCAGCAGGGAGUACUUCGACCUCGGCCUCCCCGUCAUCAAGAAGGCCGGCGUCGCGCACAAGGUCGACUUCCGCGAGGGCCCCGCCGGCCCCAUCCUCGACAAGCUCAUCGCCGACGAGGACGAGGGGAGCUUCGACUUCGCCUUCGUGGACGCCGACAAGUACAACUACGGCAACUACCACGAGCAGCUGCUGCGGCUCGUGCGCGUCGGCGGCGUGCUCGCCUACGACAACACGCUCUGGGGCGGCACCGUGGCCAUGCCCGACGACACGCCGCUCACGGAGGAGGACCGCAAGAAACGGGACUCCAUCAGGGGGUUCAACGCCAUGAUCGCCGCCGACACGCGCGUCGACCCCGUGCAGCUCCCUAUCGCCGAUGGCAUCACGCUCUGCCGCCGCGUCGUUUGAUUAUAGGACCGGCGGAGCUGGUCGCGCGUCUUAUGUGUGACCGAAAUAAAAUAAGCUGGCAUGUUUAUUCGCGACA